AUCCCUUCAUAUCCCACAGUUCCGCGCCAAGUAUCGAUCAUGGUUCAUAUAAUGGCGGAAUGUUGUCAAUAUGCAUCGAAAAGGACCCGGGGUAGGUCGCUUUUUUGGUCGUAAAAGGGGGGAUGGGAAGGGGAAAUCAAACUCUAGAGAGCACAGAACAUUUCACGGAAGGAAUUUAAGAGUAGCCGCUACACCAUUGUUGUUUUUGUUCGCCUUGGUUAGGACUUUCGCUUAUCAGCUGUGGAUUGUCAUAGUUUUGCUUGCAUGUAAAAGUCGACAGGCAAUUCCUUUACGGCCAAGACAGAAAAGGAGUGACGAAGAAUCAGUAGAGACCAUGACGGAUGGCACCAAAAAUAAGCAUACACCUGGACCAGCAGACCCCGCCCUUGCACAACAAAAACAUCACCACAGGAAAGCUUUUGAAUACAUAUCCAAAGCCUUGAAAAUUGAUGAAGAAAAUGCGGGAAAGAAAGGCCAUGCUACAGCUAUAGAGUUAUACAAAAAAGGUAUAACGGAACUAGAGAAAGGAAUAUCUGUCUCUAUCAAUGGAAGUGGUGAUUCUGUUGAGAGAGCCAAAAGGCUGAAGGAUAAGAUGUCCACUAAUUUGCUGAUGGCUAAAGACAGAUUAGAGUUUUUGGAAAAACAACUACGUGAAGUUAGUUUAGCUUGUAUAAGUGAAGCAGACACGGGCCCGACGCCAUCGACUAGUAGUCAACAACCUAGUGGCAGUAGACUUACAGAUAACUCACAUAUCAGACAACGAAUAGCAGUAACGAAUAAACCUAUUAAAGCCAUGCGUAGUCCUUUGGCCGUCCAUAAAAGUAAUACUUUACCUAGAAAUCAUGGUACCACACGGACAGGUGUGAAUACAGGCUCUAAUUCCUCACCAAGACAUAUGUCUCACAACAGAAAACUUUCACAACCUGAAAUGAAAUCCGGUGCUAAGUCGAGAAAAGAUAUUUCAUUAUCUGGUUUAAAGAAUGUUGAUAAAAAAUUAGCCAAUAUGAUAUUGAAUGAAGUCGUGGACCAAGGACCAGCUGUCAAUUUUUCUGAGAUUGCUGGACAAGAUGUAGCUAAACAAGCUUUACAAGAAAUAGUCAUUUUACCAGCUUUAAGACCAGAGUUAUUUACUGGUUUACGAGCACCAGCUAGAGGUUUAUUAUUAUUUGGUCCACCAGGUAAUGGUAAAACUAUGUUGGCUAAAGCUGUUGCUAAUGAAUCUAAUGCUGUGUUUUUUAAUAUAAGUGCUUCUAGUUUAACUUCUAAAUGGGUAGGUGAAGGAGAGAAGUUAGUACGUGCUUUAUUUGCUGCUGCAAGAGAAUUACAACCAUCUAUAAUAUUUAUGGACGAAAUAGAUUCUUUGCUGUGUGAAAGGAGAGAAGGAGAAAAUGAUGCAAGCCGCAGAUUAAAAACAGAAUUCCUAGUCCAGUUUGAUGGGGUGUGUAGUGGACCCGAUGAAAAAGUUUUAGUAAUGGGUGCAACUAACAGACCUCAGGAAUUAGAUGAUGCUGUAUUAAGGCGUUUUACCAAAAGAGUUUAUGUGAUGAUGCCCGAUAUAGAAACAAGAGGGAAAAUGUUGAAAAAUUUACUGGUAAAACAUGACAAUCCUUUAACAGCUCAAGAACUAGAUAAAUUAGCUAAAGAUGCUGAAGGUUAUUCUGGUAGUGAUUUAACAGCGUUAGCUAAAGAUGCUGCUUUAGGACCUAUACGAGAACUGAGUGUACAUGAAGUGAAAUCUGUUGAUGCAGCUAAGGUCAGAAAUAUUCAAAUGUCAGACUUUCUGGAUGCCUUGAGAAGAAUACGGAGAAGUGUUCCAUCCGAUUCCUUGUCGAAAUAUGAAAAAUGGAAUCAGGAAUAUGGAGAUAUCACAGCUUCUUAAUAUCACAUGCAAAUAGUCUAGUUGUUUUUUUUAUUUUGAAUUUAAGGGUUGUAUUUAUUCAUUUCAUAUCAUCAUUGUACUUAUAACUUACAGGAGAAGUCUGGCCAUUGCGAAUUCUUUGUAUUCUUUAAAUCAUCUAGUUUUAUAAUAGUUUCCACAGUGCAGAACCUCAAAUGGAAUAAUAGCUACUCUUUGUAAAAUUCCUUAAACAUAUGGCUUUGGCUUAAUACACUAAGGCAUUUGUCGCAUUUUAGAUUAUUACAGUAUUGGAGUUCAUCAAAAGUUGACGUCUUAGAUACCCCUGUGAAGUGGAAGCUGACAUGAUACUUUGUUAUUUAAAGACAUAAUGAAUUGUACUACAGGGUUGAGCAUGGUUGAAACUAGAUUAUAUAUAAAAUAUAAAGAAUUUGCAAUGAAUCAAAUUCUUUUUUUAAGACAACAUUUCACUUCCUUGAAUGAUUCUACCAAAAUCUGAUAGACUUAAUCAGUUGUUUUCAGAUAUCUGUUUAUUUAAAAAAUCUGGAGAUCUUCCUAGUGACGUUUGACAUUUCCAAAUUGAGAAUAACGUGACAUUAAUCACUUGCAAAACAUCAACAUUUUGAACAAAACAUCCACUUUUUGAACAAAACAUCCACUUUUUGAAAUCCAUAUUAACAAUUUUAUUCCAUGUUUGCAUUCCACAUAAGAUUUGUUGUAAAUUGUAUGGUUGCAUUGUGUAUAAUAUACACAUAAAAAUAUGAGCUUUAGUGUGGUCAUGGUGUUUAAAUUUAAGUAAUAUGGAGUGAACUACAAACAAAGUGCAAUUAUUGAUUAGUUUGUAGAUUUUGGAGACUAUUUAUAAGACCAUGUAAAAAAUAAAUAUUCUGGUUCUCAGAUCAUCAUGCAUCGCUUUCAAAAAAAUAGAAAUUUAAUUGAAUCCAGAAAUGAGGCAUAGGCUCAUUUAUCAAGUACACAAUCCUAAUAAAUGUUCCUGACAAUCAGAAAUGAUACUGGAUAAUCACACGUUCCUAUAAACAACAUGAGAUAAAUGUAGUGCCUUGGGUUGAAAUGUGAUGUUUAUGAGCAGUCAUUUAGUCCAGUAGUGAUCAUUUAAUCAAAUAAAAACACAAGAAUAAAAACCUCCCUCUUGCAUCAGAUUGUUGGUAAGGAUUGCCCGAGAACCCGAAUUUUUGUUUUUUGUGUGACCUAACUCUGUUGUUAAAUAGCUAGAUUGUAAUUUGUUAUUAUUAGUUGUAGAUAAUUAUGAGCCAAAAAAAACAAUAUCCUGUUGGAAAGACAUAUAGUUGAGAUUAAAUAUGGUCUGUUAAUUUGAAAUUUUUAUUUUUGUUUUAUUUCUUUUUCCUUUCGAGAAAACAAAAUGUAACAUUUCAGUUAUUAACAAUUACUUGUUUGAUUUUGAUUAUAGUUUAAUAGUACUCAAUCAGGGAGAAAAGAGUUAAGUUAUAAUAUUUGAUGUAUGUAUGGUUUCAAUUAACAACAGAUAUCAUUGUAUAUUCUACCUAUUUAUUAUUACUGCAUUGAAAUUGGUAUAUUAAUAGUAAAUAAAUUAAAUCCUGGGUAAAUAGAUAUGAUUUUAUGAUGUAUUUCAUAGCUUUCAGAUAUUGAUGCUUGGAGGUUCUCUGUUAAUCAUUUUAAAACAGAUACUUGAGAUUGGCUGAACUAUUUGCAUUUAAAAUGAAGCAUUUUAAAUAAAUAAACCUCAAGUAAUAUAGAGAAGUUUAGUUUUAAAUCCUGCUGAAAUAAUUGUUCAUUAAAUAAAGCAGCUAAAAUGUGUUUGGAGAUUUGACUGUGACAUUGACUAAGAAAUUUCUUCAUUAUUAUGCUUAUUUAAAAGAGUUAUCUCCCAUAUAAAAACAUGCGGAUCUCGAUAAUUGGCAAGCUGAUAUAUAAUGAACACCAUGAUUAUCUCAAUGUGCUUAAUAAUAAAAUUUCAUAAAAAUAUCUUAAAGAAGUUGAAAUAGUUUGUUACAAAUGGAAUUAUCAAACCUCAUUAUAUUACGACAGAAGAAAUGGCCUAAAAUAAUGACAAAUUUGUUAGUGUUUUAAAAAUUUGGCUUCCUCAUUAUUUAAAGUAAUAAAUUUGUUAUCUAAAAUUAGAGAUAUAUAAGUUUGCAUGUAUAUAUGUUGUAAGAAUUAAUAUAUUAUGCAAUGAUGCUUUAGAUUUCACAAAUUUUAUAUAAAUGUAAAGGUAAUGUUUUUUUUAGCUUUGUUUUGAAAUAUGCGCUAUGUACAGGUUUUUUUUUUAUUUAAUUAUGUAUAUUUUGUAGACAUUCCUACUUGAAUUAAUUAAUGCUUAUUGUAUGAUUUUUGUUACGUUAAGUUUUGAUAGCUUUAAAAAGCUGAUUGAUCUGCUGUUUAUUGUGUUCAUUUGUAUAUUAUUUUACUGAAACAUAUCAUUUAUAUUAAAUAAAUAUACAUGUACUGUACUGACUUAACCAAACUACUGAACACAUUUUUUAGUUUGAGUAAAAUGUAAGGAUGCAUUAUGUAAGAGCUUAAUUGGUCCAUUGCAGGUCUUUUUUCUGGCUUCAGAUGUUAAAUACAUUAUAAUUUAGACAUUAUUCACAUGACAAGCCCAUAAUCAACUCUCUGGACCAUUGAAUUGCUCCAAUUUUUAGUAGAUAUGAACACUACCACCAUUUAGGAGUUUGGCGACAAAGAUAAUUAAGACUAUUACUACGAUAAUAAACAAUUUAAGCUACAUUUGCACAGAAUAAAGCAAUUUGACUGAAUUUUAAAUAUAUUCAUUUUUCACUAUCUAGUUUUGAACUAGUAUGGCAAAAACGACCAGCCUUUUAUCUAAUUCUUACAUAAUGCAUCCUUAAUUUUAGACAUACUGCUUUUGAGAAAAAAAAUUUAUUUUAAAUAUUCAGCUUUUGAGUAAAAUUUGAUUUUCGACAUACUGCUUUUGUAAGUGUGGAUUGUUUGAUCAAAUAAGAUACACAUUGCUAUCUUUACGCUAUUAUGCUGAAAAUACUCAUAACUUUUGCAAUGCUUUUGAAAACUCUUAUGAUAUGAUCCAGUGCAUUUAUGUUUUAUUUCAUCAAUAAAUUUCAUUUCUAUAUCAGAAAUACACUCUCCCAUUGUGAUGUCUAUGACAUCUUUCAACAAGAAAAAAAGCACAGAUAUAUUGGGAACAAUCCUGUUUUUCUAGCAAAAAAAAACAAAAACAACCUACAAAUGGCUAAGAUAUUUCAUGGUUUAUAUGAAAUCGAUAGUUUUAAAACCUUGAUCUUGCCAAAAAUAUAUCGAAAACACAUAAUUUAAAAAAAUAAAAUAAAUGAGAGUUUAACACCACAAUUUGUUAAAUGAAAUGGGCAGCAGGACAAAUUGUUGUCAACUGAAGAAUUAUAUGUUUUGUGACUUUUGCUAAGGCAGCGCACAAUAUAUCUUGGUGCAAUCUGGUUAAAAUACAGAUCUAUAUUUUGUUUUUGUUUUUUUAUACUUUCGAUGGCCUACACAACAUGAAGAUCUGACAAGUUGUAUGCGAAGGUCGGGUCAGGGGUUAUACGAGCGGCUUUUGACCCUAUGACGUCAGACAUUGAUUAAUCAAUCAUUGUUGGUUUACCCACAGUUCCGUGCAUGGCACGUCAAGAAGUCGCCUUAACAGACUGUUUCAUUGGUUUCUCCCUCACUUCAACCAAAACGCCGGUAAUAUAACAACUCUUCCAGAUCCUAGUGUAGUAAAGACAAGUAAAAUGAAAUUUUGAACUAUAAAAAACAAAACGAAAUGGGAUCUGUGUUUUAAUCAGAUUGAUCUUGGUGUUUUUGAAUUUUGUUAGUGUGUUAAGUAAACAUAUACUAGUUUUGUCUGUGUUUUUAUCAUUCACAACAUUGUGCUUAUGGAGCUGAAAUAUCCUAAUCAUUGGUGUUGAAGUUGAAAUAUCCUUACCAUUGUACUUGAACUAUCCUUAUCAUUGUAGCUGUAUAAUCUAUGUGUUAUAUUUGUCAGUAUUUGAUGUUAUAAUAAUACAAGUACUCUAUAUACAACUGUGUAUAUACACCUAUUAAACAGAUUGUAGUAUUAUAACAUGAACCCCUAUGAAAUGAUUCUUUAGGAUUUUUUUCAUUUUUGUGUGUGGGGUGCCGGAAUAAAAGUCUAAAUAUAGAAUUAAGAUUUUAAAAUCACUCAUAAUCAUGUACUUACAUUAAAAAAUAUUUUGAUCCAAGAAUUAUUAAUCAAGUUAUGACCAUUUACAGUUUACAGUUUCUAUUGAUAUACUACAGCCAUCUUUAUGUGUCUCAGAGAAAUAAGGUAGUAAUAAGAAAUGUUUAUGGUACAAGCCAGCUCACUUUUUUUAUUCCCCUGAUGAGCUUUAUUACUUAAUAACUACAGCCUUGAAUAGUGAGUGGUACUGUGCCUUUGAUAUAGUUUUACUUAAUUAAACCAUCCCCUUUAAGAAAUUUAAAAAAAAUUUAGGUUAUGUGUACAAAGAUAACUACAAUUAUUUGCCAUGUUCGAACAAAUAACUUCAAUAUUUCAUGGGCAUACAUCAUACCUCAUUUCAACUGGUGCUUGUAGCUUCCAUGGCUAACCUUGCAAUAUUACUUAGCUUGUUGAAAUGCAUGUAUAUAGGCUUUUAUUAAGAAAGGGGUACAAAUGCUAGUUUUAUUGUCAAUUUAGAUCCGUUUUUCUGAUAAGAGGAGACAACUUAAUUACAAUAAAUGCUGUAAAUGAAAAGUAUUUUGGUAGUAUACAAAUCAAUGUAAAAUCUGUGAAAAACAGUAAUCUAGGGAACAGGAACUACCUUACAUUUAGGUCAGAAAAAUUCGAAGGGUUUUGAAAGGAUUUUGCCUGUAUCAUGAUUUUUUCUCUUUCCACAAACUGACUACUAGAGUGCAUUUAAAGGACACAUAGGCCAAUCAAGGGGAAAAGUUUAUGGGACUGAUGAAGAAGACUAUAGUAUUUACUUACAAGUAUUCCAAUGUUUUCUAUUUAUUCACAUUAUUGUGGUGUUUUUUGAUAAAGAGUUAGCUUAAAGCAUCUCUCUCAUUCAAUUGUAAAAGUAAACUGUUUUGUCUAAAAUAUGAAUAGCCAAUAAAUAAAAGCUUAAACAUU